UAAGAGAUGGGGGCGGGAGGCCGGGGGCCAGCAGGCAGCCCAGCUGGGCUGUUUUCAAACAGUGCCGAAAAAAGUAGUGAGGACUGAGAGGUACGGAUCGUGAGGUAGUGACGGGAGACAUGGGCAAGAAAGGUUCCUCAGAGCAGAGGGAUUGCGGAAAGAGAAGAGAAGAGAGCCCGAAGCCAGAUGACGACCACAAGUGCAGAGCGUGCCGCUUCCCUCUGCUCGUGGCCCUCUCGCAGCUGCUCCUGGGGGUAGCUGUCACAGUGGUGGCUUUCCUCAUGCUGGCCAUCAGUCCUUCACUUCUGGCCAGAGAGACACCGCACUGGGCUGGGAUCAUUCUAUGUUUGGUUGCCAUUGUGGGAUUCAUCCUGUACUGCGUCACCUAUCAUCCAAAUGAACGCUCGACCCUGCAGUUCACUGUCAAGCUCCUGUACUUUACCUUGUGUGCCAUCGGUCUGGUCAUAUCCACCUUGGUUGUGGCCUUUGCUGGAUACCACCACGUGCAGACCAGCAGCCUCAGCUGCCUGCCCACCGCUGAUGCCUGCGAGUGCACGUUGGACCCCCGUGACCCCAUAGCUCGCACUUUCACCUACGAGGGCGUCGACGACUGUCAGGAUAUCACCGAGACGCUCUUGCUCUACUUUUUGCUCCAGAUUGUUCUGAACCUAGCUCAGACCUUCGUCUGUGCUGUGGCUGUCUUCAUCAUGUGGAAGCACCGCUACCAAGUCUUCUACUCUGGCCUUCAAAUCGGAUCCUUCCAGCAGUGGAACAAGGUUUAACAGGAUGACUGAGCGGAUCACAGCGGACACGCCAACUUUGGCCCUACAGCGUGAUGUCACAACCAUCUUGUGUGAUGGUUGUAUUACAUACAAAAAUGCAUUUUUGUACCAUUUGUGUAUGUUGCAGAUGGAGAGCGAGUCGACUUAUUUACUUCAAUGUCACAAAAAGCAUGCAUCCUAUAACAGAUUUUGACUUCUGCAGAUGUGAGUAGACUUAUUUACUUAAGAAGUGUCACAAAAAGCAUGCAAGCAUGCAUUGUGUAACAGAUUUCGACUUCUGCGUUGCAUUAUUCCAUCCCAAAAUGUAUUUCCAUGCUUUAAAUGUGUUGGUAAUACCAAGCAUGAAAUGUGUUUAAUCUCGUGAAAUAUUAGUUUUGGUCUAGACUUUAGAUUAAAGUGCCAUCUGCUUUAGAGUACAAUUGCCUCUCUAUUUUCAUGCUAGAGUGAAACAUUUUCAUUCUCAGCAAACCAAGGCGAAAACGAGCAUGAAAGUCAAGGUCUUGCUUUUCAUGACAUUAUUACAUGGCUUAGACGUCACGUUAUUUUGGUGUUGUUUUCAAUGGUGUGUUGUUCAUUUUCUGUAUAUGUGAUGUUGACACAAACUGAACAAACAAUGAAAGUAAAACCUUUUGAAAAUUUCAAA